UCCGUUGCUAUGUAACAGCGUCAUUGUCAUGGAUAUAAAUAUUUACAAUUUAUAGAAAUAUCCUCGCACCAAAUUACCUUUCUUGGUGAAAUAUAAAGAUAUAAAAGUGUAUUUGUUCAUAAUAAUGGGAGAAAGGGCUCCAGUGUCGACCGAGGAAACCUUAGUUCGAUAUGAUAACCCAGUAUUGGUUACUAAACAACCGGAAAAAGUUACACUUCCACCAACUGGCGCCGCCGCGCAGCCAUGUAUGCCAACUGAAGCCAAACGAGAGACUGAAGAAAUCCUCAAUGCCAUUUUGCCUCCCAAAGAAUGGGAAGAAGAUGGUCAAAUAUGGACUCAAAAAAUAUCAUCCACCCCUGCUACCAGGUUGGAUGUUAUAAACCUUCAAGAGAUGCUCGACACUCGUCUACAACAGCGUCAGGCGAGAGAAACUGGAAUAUGUCCGGUCCGAAGACAACUUUAUACACAGUGUUUUGAUGAACUCAUACGUCAGGUCACAAUCAACUGCGGUGAACGAGGUCUCCUCCUACUGAGAGUUCGGGAUGAAGCUCGUAUCACCAUGGAGGCGUACCAGACUUUGUAUUGCAGUUCCAUUGCGUUCGGCAUGCGUAAGGCUUUACAGUCUGAACAAGGUAAAUCAGACCUUAUGGAUCAAGUUGCCAAAUUGGAAAGCGAACGUUCAGCUUUAGAGAAGCAAUGCAUGGAACUGAAACAGAAGACGGAGCAGUUGGAGCGACGCGCGGCAGAACUCCGUGCCGCAGAAGAGAAACGACAUCAAGAAGAAUUGCUGGCAUUGAAGAAGACCAACGCUCAGUUGAAGGCACAACUAGAAGGCAUCAUUGCGCCAAAGAAAUAAUUUUCUAAAAGAUGUUGCUCUUUUGAACAUCACGGCCACCAUGCCAUGUUACAUAUUGAUUAUACAAUAUGAUAUACAUUAUAUAUUUAUUGAUAUGUUGACCACGUGAUAACAAAUGGAAUUUCCAUACACUGUUUAAUUUUCAAAGCGUUAGCGUUUGUAAAAAGAGAAUAUCAAUAUGUAAUUCGGCGAGAUGCCCAGAGUAAUUAUAUUAAAAAGGAUUGUUUUCCCAAUAUACCUACGUACAUUAUUAUAAGUGCUUUAACUUAUUACAUAUUUCU